AUGAACAUGGAUUCAUUUCUUCUCAAUCAAGAAUCUGGACAUCCUAUUGAAAAAGAUUUUGCUUUCAAUAAUAAUGUGGCUAAUGCACAUGUAACAGUUCGAUUAAGAUUUUUACGCAAGGUCUACGGAAUUCUAUUCACACAACUUUUACUUACUUCAUUAUGUGCUGGAACAAUGUUAAUGUUAAAACCAAUUCUAAUCGAUAAUCUACAACAAAAUAUAUGGUUUCCGAUUCUAUUAUUUAUCAGUACAAUUGGUAUUCUCUUAGGAUUAAUGUGGAAAAGACAAGAAACACCAGUUAAUUUUAUAUUAUUAUAUUUAUUUACUCUCUGUGAAUCUAUCCUUGUAGGAUAUGCAGUGAUCACAUAUUCUGCAACGGUUGUACUUGAAGCAUUUAUAUUAACUACCAUAGUUGUCUUGUCCUUAAUGAUGUACACAUUGAAUUCAAAGAAAGAUUUCAGUAAAUUGGGUGUAGGAUUAUCAGUUGCCUUUCUGAUUCUCUUAUUGGCUGGACCAAUUAAUUUAUUUCUAGGUUCAUCAUUAUUAGAGUUAUGCAUAGCAAUUGGUGGUGCUGGUCUAUUCAGUUUAUUCAUAGUCUAUGAUACUUGGCGAAUAAUGCAUCAUUGUUCACCGGAAGAAUAUAUUAUGGCAUGUAUUGAUUUAUACUUGGAUAUAUUAAAUUUAUUCAUGUAUAUUUUAAGAAUUUUAAAAGAAUUACAACAUAAUCAAGGUUAA